AUGCAGCAUGGUGUGUCUCUAUUUUUUGCUGCAGAAUACAGUUGUGAAUAUGGCUCGCUCAAGUUUUAUGCUCUCUGUGGCUUUGGUGGGGUCCUAAGUUGUGGCCUGACACACACUGCUGUCGUACCUCUGGAUUUAGUGAAAUGUCGUAUGCAGGUUGACCCACAAAAAUACAAGAGCAUCUUCAAUGGAUUUUCAGUGACAAUCAAAGAAGAUGGUUUUCGUGGUUUGGCUAAGGGAUGGGCUCCAACAUUUAUUGGAUAUUCCAUGCAAGGGCUCUGUAAAUUUGGUUUCUAUGAAGUUUUCAAAAUCCUCUAUGGCAACAUGCUGGGAGAGGAAAAUGCAUAUUUGUGGCGUACAUCACUAUACUUAGCUGCAUCUGCCAGUGCGGAGUUUUUUGCUGACAUUGCUCUGGCUCCCAUGGAAGCUGCUAAAGUUCGCAUUCAGACACAGCCUGGAUAUGCUAACACUUUGCGGCAAGCUUUACCAAAAAUGUUUGGAGAAGAAGGCAUCUGGGCUUUCUAUAAAGGUGUUGCUCCGCUAUGGAUGAGACAAAUUCCAUACACAAUGAUGAAAUUUGCCUGCUUUGAACGUACUGUUGAAGCCCUCUACAAGUAUGUAGUUCCCAAGCCACGAAGUGAAUGUUCAAAGCCAGAACAGCUGGUAGUCACAUUUAUUGCAGGUUAUAUUGCUGGUGUGUUCUGUGCAAUUGUUUCUCAUCCUGCUGACUCUGUGGUGUCUGUAUUGAAUAAGGAAAAGGGCAGUUCCGCUUCACAGGUUCUCGUGAGGCUUGGAUUCAGAGGUGUAUGGAAAGGUCUCUUUGCUCGUAUCAUUAUGAUUGGUACCCUGACUGCACUACAGUGGUUCAUCUAUGAUUCUGUGAAGGUUUAUUUCAGACUUCCUCGUCCGCCUCCACCUGAAAUGCCAGAAUCUCUGAAGAAGAAGCUUGGUCUAGCUGAAUAAACAACUCAUGGACUGACUUUGCUGGCUGUCCCAGUGAUGAGUUUCAUGAAACUUUUAUAUAUUUGACUAUGUAGAAAGCAAACUAUCUGAUGUAAUUAUUGGCUGUGCCCCUGUCCCAUAUGAGGGUUUAACUUCUACCACUGUCAUUGCCUGAAAUAAAUGAGAACCAGAGUGCUUAGUGUCUUGUUACUAUUGCAUAUAUAAGCUUCACUUCACAGAAGUAAAGACUUCCAAAUAUUUCCCAAUAUGAAAAAUAUAAGUCAUUCUGCAUUUAAAGGAUUGCAGAAUUGUGUGUGGAGGGGGGAGAACUGCAACAAAAAACAGGUUUUCAUUGCUUCUAGAGAAGAGCUAAGAGCCUGUCCUCACAGUGCUGCAGAAACUAACUGCAGUCUUAGGCUAUCUUUGAGUCCACUGUCUUAUUUGCCUAUAUCAAUUGUUACCGUAGAGUAGCGGAACUCUGGAAUGAAUGAGACUAUGCUCUGACAGGGCAACCUGAUCACAACAUCUGCAUUCUUCAGAGAGAUGAGAAGAACCUUAUACAUAGAACCAUUACUGAUCUGGAGUGCUUAUCCCAACAUAACCCCUGCUUAGAUGACUAAUUCCUGCCUUUAUUGCUCUUGAACUGCACCAAAGAACUUAGUCCUUUCAUUUGUAUCGUGGAAUAAAGCAGUGGCUGCUCCCUUAAGAAAGGAGGGUUGAUGUUACUAAAGAUUCUCAAAGGUAUUUGACCACUAAAAGCUUAGUACAACUAUAUAAUAAAGUUAAAAUGGCUUGCCUCAUACUGUAGAGAUUUUGACGAACUUACCAGCCUUUCCUUGCACUUGGUACUUUUAUAUCUUGAUUUUGGCUAAAUUAGUGUAACUGUAACACUGAGUUUUGGUUGAACCAUUUUUGCAGUGCAAGAAGCCAAACAAUUUUUUUGGCUCUUACUUAAUGCAAAGAAUGCUAUAGGCUUGAGGCAAGUAAGAGGAAAAACUCAAGCAAUGUUUUAUUAGCUUCAGGCAAUGGAUGUAUCCUUUCUAGUACUUUCUGGAAACAGGAGCACAGCUCCCUUUUGAGUUUUGCCUGUUCAAGAAUCCAUAGUAGAUAAUCACAAUAAGAAAAAUCCAAAGCAUACCUAAUAGUAAAGGAGGUUCACUAUAUCCAGUACUACUUUGCUCACUGAGUAGAGCUGGAGCCUAAGUGUCUUGUGCAAAACUGUUUGGAUAUGCUGCCUUUCAGUAUUCUGAGCUGAUGAUAUUCAAUCUAGCUUGGCGUUGCAUAGGUUGUAAGUGCUCCUUCCUCUUCAGUGUCCUUCAGAGUCAGAAGGCCAGUUACAGGAGGCUCUAUUGGAAUAUCACAAAUAGACUAGCUCCCGUACCUUAUUAGUGUCUGACAUUGUUUCUGCUCCCAUUUUACACAAUAAUGAGUUUUCCUCCCGGAAAAAUCUGUGACUUUUGAGAUGUGGAGCAGUUAUGCUAAACACUAGCAAACAGCCUUAUUUUGAAUUGCUACUUUUCAAAAUGUGGAGUAAAAUCUAAGAAAAACACUGCUCAACUUCCCUGUCACUGUGACACUAUAGAUGCACUCCUAUAGUGGUCGGUAACUACCGCCUAGUAACUGCAUUAUACAGCAAAGUCAAAUUUCUUAAGUCUAAAUAAAACAUUUGUACAAGUACUUUGGUGUUGAAUUAAAUGUAUUUUACUUCAUCAUGUAAGCAUGUACAUCUUGCUGUGCCCGUUGCGGAUGGAGAAGCUUUGAAGUUAUUUAGCAAAUCAUUAGGACAUUUGCUCAUAAGAGCUUUCUUGGUGAAAAGCAUUACCUAUGGUUUCAUCUUGCGUUAAGACUGUUCACGUUAAAACAGCUUUCUGAAUUUAGCUUUUGCACAUGGUUCAACUUGUUCUGCUCAAAAACAAAUUACCAUCACUUCAGUGCACUGAGCAUCGUAGUUUCUUUAAAGGUGUGUUUUAAGCCCUUGGGCUUUUCUUUGCUUGCUGGAAAGCAUCUCAAGUUUCUUCUGAUCCUGGGAAAGCUGAGCAUUUCCAUCAGCUUUUAAGGCUGGUAGAGAAUUGAGGCGACUUGUCUCACACAGAGGGAUAAUUUGAUUUUUGCGUAAUCGAGGGAUAAGCUGAUCGUCUCAAGCAAGACUAAUUUCUGUCAUUGCACGUGCAAAGCAAAACCACAGCAGUUUUUCUGUAGAAAGACUGUUGGUUGCCUUUGGUGCAGUCAUUUUAAAUAUGUGCAAUAAGACUUACAGAUUUGUUUUCUAAUUGCUGAAGGAUGGCCUGAAACUACCUUUUUAAAGACACUCAGAUCGCUUUGUUGAGGUAAAUCUGGGAUAAGACUACAUGACAGCCAGCUGUUCUCUUGUUCUUUUGUAACUGAGAAAGGCAAAAUAUAUGUAGUCCUACUUUCAGCAUUUCGUUUCAGUGGAAAACCUGAGAGGGGAAGAGAAUUGCCUUGCAACUAUUAACUUCAUUGACAUUUAGGCACAGGCUUGUUCUGAUGUUUCAGGUGGAGGGGUAUAUGACACUUAAAAUGAUCUUGCUCAAAAGGUUGCCCAGUGAAAUUUUAAGUGAGCUUGAGUGGGAAGUGGUAGUAUUAAAAGACAUUUAAAAGUCAGUUUUUGUCACCGAUGACAAUGUCCUUUAUAGCAUGUGUGGUAUGUUUCCCAAAAAUAGGGAAGAUUGGGGUGGGGGGGGUGGUGAAAGACUGGGACAAUGCUUCUGACUGACUUGUGUUUUCAUUGCAAGGAAAGUCCUAUGUUGAAAAAGAGCAAUCCAUUUUGAACCAAAUAUAGUUCAGAUAACUCCAGAACUGUCACUAAACCCGAGAGUGCUUUGUAAAAUGUGGAUUAUGUAUAUGCUGGUUGUGUAUAUUGUUUUAUGAAAGAGGAAUCAUCCUUUUUGCUAUUACUGGAGCUGAGACCAGUUUUCUGGUUUAAAACAUAUCGUCUAUAUAAAUUUUAAUAAUCACUCCAUUCACACCCUGUGUUUGUGUCAGAUUAUACUACAAAUAUGCUAACAUUAUUUGACAUUGCAGAUAUUUGCUGAAAUGCUUGUUACAUAUUCUAAAAUGGACUAUAAUAUUACAAAGAGUUGUAAUUCAUUUACGUUUCUACAUAGAAAUGAUGUAGUUCAUAGUGAAAACAAUAAACAUCCUGCUUUUUCA